CGCCGCUCGCGCGCUUUAUUUGUGCUUUUUGUGAGCUGGGAUGGGCACGAUCCUGCAGGAGCAAGUGCCAAGGCAGCGUCUGGGGAAGGUUUCCGCCAGGGAGAGGGAGUGGAGUAACAGCAGCAGGCCUGACGGGGCCAGCAACAAAAUGGGAAAGCGGCAGUCACAAAGGAAGCCGCCGCCGCCGCAGCACGCGCUGCUCAGCCAAGAGAACCACCACGAGAAGCAGAGGCUGCAGCAUAGAUGGAAGCACAAGCCCAACGCAUCCUCAGCUAAACGCGCUACCUCUCGACACAGUGCUCAGGGAAGCCUGGAGUCAAAGCUCAAGGACAGGAUGGAACCCAAGGUGCAGGUGGCUGCUGAGAGCUGUGGCCGCAGAGAGCAGAGGCAUCCGGGUUCCAGAGUGAGCAGACGCACGUCGGCCUUUUCCUGCCGUGACCUCCCAAAUCCAAGUCCUCAUCAGCCGGAGAAACACUCACCAAAGCUGGAGGCUGACAGCCAGAGAGCAAGUGACAGCGACACCGACUUGUCUGAGUCAGAGAGGCUUCCUGAGUCUCCAUCUGUCGGGGUUCCUCCACAGCUGGAGCUGAGGCCAGAGGUCAUUGAUGCUGAAGACUGCCUGGCUCAAAGGCACAUAGCCCGAGGACGGAGCUGUGACGGCUUUCCCGACUUCCUGCCUCCACCUUUUAAUUCCUGGAACCUGCGGCAGCUAGCUGCUUUCUGCAACACAGAGGGCCGCAGGGCCCCUCGGCCCAGGCCUGUGGGUUCUUUGGAGCGGUACCUGGAGAGGCUGCUGCAGCUGGAGGGGCUCCAGAUCCAGGCUGUCCAGGAGGAGAGCGGAAGGUCGUCUGUGUCAGACGUGACUUCCAGCUGCCAGCGCUCGGCUGCUGCCGCCUCUUCUCGCCUCAGUUCUCCCAAGUGCAUCCUCCAGUGUCAGCGCGCCUUCCCCCUCACCUUCCUCUCCUCCCUGCUCGGUCACUCCGCCCUGCUCUCCAGCUGCGCCUGCACUCUGUGCUGCAUCCGCUACUUCGCCUGUAGCACGUCGUGCUGCCACACCGCCCACAGCCACACGCACCCGUCCAGAAUCAGCCCCACCCUGGAGCGCAGGCAGCCGGUGUCGCUGCCCAAGAGGAGCUACAGCGAGAGCCGCGUGCACCUCUCAGAGCCAAGCUCAGCAGCUCACAGGCCCAGCAGCCCCGCGAGGACCGUCACCCACCUGCGCAGAAUGCAGGCCUCGGGCAACAACCGCAGCCUCGCUCAAGGCGCUAGCGCCAAGCCCCAGUCCGCUGCCAGGGACCGGAACACGGCGGCCGUGUGGGAAAGCACCGCAGACUGCGGGACAGCGGGGGGGAGGAGGAGGAGCGGCUCCGAGCAGAGGAGAGGAGCGGAAAGGCAGCACAACGGCUCAGAGAGAACCCGGAGCGGUUCUGAGUGUAGGAGACGAGGAGUGGAGCAAAGGAAAACCGCGUCAACGCAAAUUAAACCAGAUGCUGUCACUGCAAUAAUGGACAAUUUACCUGCUUCUAAAUAUUGUGCUGUUAACAGACCCAACAGGUGGAAAAAGCAGGUGGAGUUUGUUACAUAACAGAAACUUGACUUGACUGUUUGUGUCACAAAUGUGGCAAGUUUUAUUUUCAGUUAUUUUCACUGGAGAAUGCGGAUUGUUCUCUGCUCAAACUAUAGUUUUAAUUCUGUUCAGUCCAUCACUGCAGUGAAGUGUAUAUUGUACAUAACUGAAUGUGUGCACUGUGCUGUAGAAGUGCAUCUUCUCUUGGUUUUCCUUUGGUCUUCUGUUCUUCACUUGGCAUUUUCCAGCACAGUACAGUAUAUAUAUUUGUUGGCAAGAGUUUUUUUUACAAUUGCCAUUUUUACUAAUGGUAAAAUAAAAAUGCCAGUUCA